GCUUCGUCAAAUAAUUGUUGUCAGGGUUUUGAACUGAAGAAUUGUAGCUACCUUUUUUCGGAAGAAAAUGGAUCUUUAACUAAUUGUGUCGUUUCUUGUCAAAUUUCCAUUUUUUUCAAAAUUUUCCAGUUUAAGUAGGUGACUGCUACUCAAGAAACAUGGAUAGAACGUUCGCUUACACUAAAAGUUUGUGGGCAGAUCUGAAAGAUCAGGAGAUGCUCCCAUAUGGUCAGAAUCUGAUGACAGACCACGAGGAUGAGUUACGAAAUUUGGUACAACAUAUAGAGAUAAGAGUUAAGGCCCGAGAGGAAAUUCUGAAAGCACAACUUACGAAAAUUUAUAAACAUUUGGAUAUGAAAAUGCAUGAAUGCCAACAACAAAAUGCAAUGAUUGAAGAUUAUAGCAAUAAGAUACUUUCACUUAAAGAGAAAGUAAACGGUAUGAUUGAAUGGAAACAGGGGCUUGAUACCAACCACGAUGAACAACUCAAUAAAUUAAAGUCACAGGCAAUUAAACUGAAAGAACUGUACGGGCGUCUUUAUGAAAAAUACUUGAGCAAUAUGAAUGACUUGCAGAAGCAGAACGAGGAACAGCGAGAUAAUAUAAUCCAACGUCAUUCAAGAGACAAAAAGCGUUUGAUAAGAUCGGUUCAGAAUCUCACAGCUAAGCUUAAGACAGCUAAAACACAGAAGAAACAAGAUGACAGGGAUAUUCGCGAACUUGUUGAUUUGGUUAGAUUCCAAGACAGCGAUCUAAUUGAUCCUGAUGACACUGAUGACCUCCUCAAGAAAUCUAUAGCUGCAUUGAGAUCAACUUUGGAGGGAAAAAACAAAUACAUCGCUGAUUUGGAGGCAGAACUCACACAGUGUUUAAGAGGUGAAGAAAACAGAGAAAAGCUUGACUAUGCCCAAAUACAAACACUAAUGAAUGAAAAUACAGAACUUGGGAAAGAACUGGCAAAACACAAAGAGGCUAGUAAAGACUACUACUACUUGAAAGAGCAAGUAAGGCAAUUAAAAGUAAGUAAAUACCAGUCAUAA